GCCGCCUUACGUCUGCCUCUGUGGAGGAAUGUGCGGAAACUUCUGCUACACUUCUCUUAUUCUCUGCGCUGUUGGUCGAAGAGAAAAAGUCCUUUAACGGGGAGAAGAAGUUGAUAAAAGUUGGCUAAAGUUCGGCGGGGAAGACUGGAGGCUCCUCGUCCCGUGGAGGUGAACGUCUGAAAUCAACAUGGCGGCUCAGACUGUCUUCUCCAUGUUUCCUGUGGGCGUGCCCCUGAUGGAGGAUGCUCAGAGUCUCAGUGACAUGCCUGGCACCACGCUGCCCGCCCCUCAGCUGGUGAUGCUCGCCAACAUGGCGGCGGUGACCGCGGCAGAGGCCGGCAGCUAUGGAGAUGGGAGCGGGGGAGACGAGAAGGAGAUGAUGGAGCUGAAGACAGUGGGAUGCAGCUACUCGGACAGCGAGGACGAGAACAUCAUCAGGUACAGCUUUGACGAUCAGAACCACAGGGAGGUCUGCAUCAUCGAGUACCCAGAGUCUCCAGCCCCCAGCCUCCAGGCCGUGGCCUUAGGAAAUGCUGCGGGGGAAGAGGAGGAGGACAGGGACAAAGCUGAAGACCUGUCCCAUCACACUCAGCUCCACCCCCCUGCCCCCACAGAAACACCUGAGCAAGGCGUCAAACGUAAACUGUGCCCUGCUCUGACGGCAGAGAGCUGUAAGAAGAAGAAACCGUUCCACUGUAAGCCGUGUCACUUCCAGGCUCAGAACGAACAGGAGUUUGUGGAGCACCUGCGCACACACGGGGUCAGCAAGCUGAUGGUGGUGAACCGCGUAGAGGGGCGGUGCAAGACCAGGUCCAAGGAUGCUGAAACACCUGAGGCCCCGGUGCCAGAGGCUGAGAGCACCAAGGAGGCAGGGCCUUCGGGAGACAUCAAAGGGCUGAUCAAAUGUGAACGUUGCGGCUACAACACCAACAGAUACGACCACUACAUUGCUCACCUGAAGCACCACAGCAAAGAGGGCCAGGACCACAGGGUGUUUAAGUGCACGCUGUGUCCGUAUACCACGGUCAGCCAGUACCACUGGAGGAAACACCUGAGGAACCACUUCCCCAGCAAACUGCACACCUGUAGCCAGUGCUCCUACUUCUCUGACCGCAAGAGCAACUACAUCCAACACAUCAGGACUCAUACAGGUGUGCGUCCCUUCCAGUGUCUGUACUGCGAUUACUCCAGCUCUCAGAAGACCCACCUGACCCGCCACAUGAGGACGCACUCAGGUGAGCGCCCCUUCAAGUGUGAGAGCUGCGACUACCUAGCAGCCAAUCAGCAUGAGGUGACUCGACACACUCGCCAGGUCCACAACGGCCCAAAACCGCUGUCCUGCCCGUACUGCGAAUACAAGACGGCUGACCGUAGCAACUUCAAGAAGCAUGUGGAGCUCCACCUGAACCCUCGCCAGUUCGUCUGCCCGCUCUGCAAAUAUGCUGCCUCCAAGAAGUGCAACCUGCAGUACCACAUCAAGUCGAGACACGCCGGAUGCGACGUCUCCGUGGACAUCUCCAAGGUCAAACUGAGGGUCAAGAAACCUGACGCCACAGAGGACACGCCCAUUGCAAACAAGGCAGAUGUAUCCUCAAGCAUGGAUGAAGACUUCGAUGUGGAUGAGGACGACGGAGAUGAUGAGACAGAGCCAAGCCCCAUCAACCUGUCCAUCAAGAAGAGCAGCCAGCCCAGCAGCAGCCAAUCAGAGCAAAGCAACAGUCCUGAGAAAGCUGAGAAAAAAUCCACGGAGAGAGAGAAAAUACAAAAAGGAAAGGAACCAGACAGAAAAGUCACAUCACGGCAGAAGAAGACAGAGAACCCUCUGGAGACGGUUAAAGAAACCCAGACAGACACUGUGACACCUGCUGAGAACAAGACAAAGAAACGAGUGAAGAAGAUGACCCCGACCAAGGACCAAACGCCAGAAAAGGACCAAUCACAGAUGGGGAACUCUGACCGUCAGAGACCAGAGAAGGACGAAGGAGCCAGGCAGAUGGCAGCCAAAGAGGACGAGAAGGCAAAGCCGGAGAAAGACAAAGAACAGAAGAAUGAGAACAGUGGGAAGGAGAUCAGGAACCUCAACAAGCAGAAGAAGUCAGCAUCAAAGAAGGUGGACAAGACACCUGAAUGUGUCAAAGAAGCCCCGCCCAAAGUGGACAGCCUGGAGAAAACUCAGAAAGUGGUGAAGGAGAAGGUAGCAAAGAGGAAAGCAGUGGAGGCUCUGGACCUGUCCAAGAAGUCUUCAGAGACGCCAUCCAAGGCCAAACGGGUGAAAAGUAAUGCUGCUGAGAAGCUGCAGGGCAGCGUUGCUGCAGAAGACAGGAAAAAGAAUGGUGGAGAUGACAGGAAGACGGCAGAUGGAGAAGAUGGGAAGGAUGCAAAGAAGAUGGCUGAGGAAGACGUGGGGAAGACAGUAGGCGAAGAAGCAAAGAAAACAGACCGCAAAGACACAAAGAAGACAGAUGCCGAAGAUGCAGAGAGGACAAAUAGGGAUGUGAAGAAGACGGUUGGCAAAGACAUGAAGACUAACAGUGAGGAGGCAACAAAGACAAAUGGUGAAGAAACUAAGAAGAUGGACGGAGAAGACAUGAAGAAGACAGGCGAGAGCGUUCCUACACUCCAAACAUCCGACAGUACAACGCCAUCAAAGCAGAAGAAGAGCAGGAACACUAAGAAGGCUGCAGAACUUCAACCAGUCAUGGAUCCAGAAAAAGACAAGGACAUGGCGGUCAACAAUCAGCCCACAGACGCUGCAGAACAAUCCGCUCAGGUGGACGAUGCUACAGGAACAACACCAGCAGAGCCCCGCCCUGCUGAAACCAUCACAUCUAAACCUGACCAAUCAGAGGCCAUCCCAGCAGAAGUUAACAAACCUGAGACGGUGGAGGUCUCGCCUUCCUGCAGCCCUGGCGAGGACACACCUUCUCCUAUGGAGGACCACCCAGCUCCGAUCUUCGUCAAACCCACGUCUCCACCUCCUCUAGUGCUUCCACAGCGGAGCAAGCCCACCGACCAGGAGGAUGACGAGGGCAUCCACAGCAGCCAUGAGGGAGGAAGUGACAUCAGCGACAGUGCCUCUGAGGGCAGCGACGACUCUGGCCUCAACAGCACUGGCGCCGGCUCUGGGAAGAUGCCCAACGACCCAGAGACGCCCACUGAUGAAAUCCCCACGCCCACAGAGCUCAAGAGCCAUAUGUGCAUCUUCUGUGACCGCACGUUCCCUCUAGAGGUGGAGUACCGACGUCACCUUAACCGCCACCUGGUCAACGUGUACUACAUGGACAACACCGCCAAAGGACAGAAGUGAGGGCAAGAAUUUGACUUUUUGGUCUUUAACAAAAAAAAAGACCCAGUACUGGGUGUGUACUGGUUGUUUUUAGAUCACAUCACAGUGAAGAACUCAAGAUGGGGACAGGAAGUGAUUUCUGCAUAAAGAAGUGUUAUGCAGAAAUCUCGCUCCUCACCAGUUCACCCACUUUUCCUAAAGUUACCAACUAUGGCCCACUAUUUGGCAAAAAUGGAGGGAAAAGUCCCCAGCUCCACCAACAUUCUGUCCUCUGCCAUUGAUUUAGAACAGCUGAUCUUCACUUCCUGAUCACACCUGGCCUUCACCUGGAUCAUGUGACUGUAAAUGCCCUAUUGCUGUGUCAGUGGUAUCAGACAGGUGUACAUAUCAUUUCUCUCUCAGUUCUUCAUACUUCACAUGAAUAACGAGUUUUUCAGCAUGUUUUUAUCUUCUGAGUUUAGAUCAAAAACAUUUCUGUUACACUUUAUAUUUUAUGUUUUGUAGAUUAAAUAUUGUUUUUGUGAUGUUUCUGUUUUUUAAAGUGCCUUUGACAAUCAUCUUUGUACAGUCCUAGUUUUUAGUUUAACUCUGAUGGUCAUAUGAAUGCAAAGCCUUUUCCUUACACGACUUCACUGUACAACGUAGGAACUCCAUUUAAAGGCAUCAGAAGUCCAAAGAGCCAUCUUCGUUUCAGUCUCGUAAACACAUCAGAUAAUAUUUCAUCAUUCAGGAUUGUGAAUUAGAAACCCUGCAGUCCGGAUUUCCAACCAGAGGAGAAUAAACUGAUUCUUAUUAACCUUA